AUGGCUGCGAAACUGAUUGAUCGUCGAUUCCAUAACGUCCCAGACAAACUUCGGGUUGCCGAGCUGUUCUUCGAUGUCCCGGUGGACUACAGUAAGCCCGCCGCUGGCCAGCUGCGACUUUUUGCUCGCAGUGUCAGUCGGCUGAACAAGCCCAUUGAGCCCAAAGAUGAGGACAAAGAGGGCAAACUCCCUUGGUUGGUCUACCUACAGGGUGGACCCGGCUUUGGAUGUGGUCCUCCGCAAUCUUACCCCUGGCUUGAUGUUAUGCUCAGCAAGGGUUAUCAGGUAUUGUUCCUAGACCAGCGUGGUACUGGUCUGAGCUCGACUAUAACUGCGGGAACUCUUGCCCGCCAGGGCGACGCAAUCAAACAGGCGGAAUACCUCAAGAACUUUCGUGCGGACAAUAUUGUUCGUGAUUGCGAGGCUAUUCGUGGUGUUUUGACAGCUGAGUACCCGGAGGAAGAGCGUAAAUGGAGUAUCAUUGGGCAAAGUUUUGGUGGCUUUUGCGCUUUGACUUAUCUCUCCAAGUUCCCGGGGGGUUUGAGAGAGGCUUUCGUUUGUGGUGGUAUUCCCCCGCUUGUCAACGGACCGGAUGCUGUCUACGCAAAGACCUAUGAAAAGGUUCAGCAAAGAAAUGAAGCUUAUUACAAGAAGUUCCCCGAGGAUGUAGAGCGUGUCAAGCAAAUCAUGCAAUACUUAUCCUCCAACAAUGUUACCUUGCCAUCAGGUGUGCUCACACCAGCUCGCUUCCAGCAACUUGGUAUCUUGUUUGGUUUCCACGGUGGUCUCGAUAGCUUACAUGACAUCGUUAUUCGAGUCUGCAAUGACUUGGAAAUCUUCGGCUUCCUUACUCUGCCCACUCUCUCUGUUAUUGACAACAAUGGUGGCAUGGACAAGAACAUUAUAUAUGCCGUCCUUCACGAAUCGAUCUAUUGCCAAGGAAAAGCAUCGCUCUGGUCAGCAGACAGACUGCGCUCAACCAACGCGAAGUUCCAGAUCGAUAACUCCGUCUUCAAAGACAUGUUCGAUUCCUACACGGAGCUCGAGCAGGUGAAAGAAGCAGCAGAGAUCCUGGCUACAACCGACGACUGGCCUGAUCUCUACGACGAGGCUCAACUGGCCAAGAACGAGGUCCCUGUUUACAGCACGACUUACAUGGAAGACAUGUACGUACACUUCGAUCAUGUGCAAGCCACCAUUGUCAAGGUUCCGAACAUCAAGCAGUUCAUUGCCAACAACAUGUACCAUGAUGCAUUGCGAAGCAAGUCGAGUGAGAUCAUGCGCCAGCUCUUUGCCUUGCGCGAGGACUCGAUUGAUUAG